CACUCUCUCAGCACUGCACACACUCUGAUCCCCGUGUGAGUCUGUGCUCAGUGUGUUGAGGUGAGUGUGUUUUGUUGAGUUUGUAGUUUGAGUUUCAGUAGAAAUGUGAACAGAGUGAAAUGUAUACUGAUGUUUCUGGAACACAGCUGUACACUAUGACUGAACAGGAUCCAGAUCUGACUGCUGUGGUCAAGGAGCUGUGGGACAGUGACAUCAAUCGCCUGAGACCCGGGACAGACUACCGCAUAUCCCUGCAAAAUAAAGCUGUUCAUCAGUCCAACUCCAGUGAUGAGAAGGACGCAGCCGGAGCUCCUUUAUUCACAUUCGUGGAUGAAACCAUUUUUAAAAAAGAUACAUUUUUGGCCUUUAUUUCACUUCUGGAUAAUUAUGAGAGUGAUACUGGUGUACCAGAGGUCGUGACCCCGGAGGAGGAAGCGGAGAAUCACAGGUUUUUGGAUGCCGUAAUGAAGACUCCUGUAAUGAAGAUUGUCCAUAAGUAUCUUAUAGAGAAGAGUCUUUCUCCACUCGACACGUCAGCGUUUAAGCAGCAGCUGCACCACAUCUGGUUCGAGCUGUAUGCCAGGAGAGGGUCCAGCAGACCAGACUCGUCAGGGUUCGAGCACGUCUUCGUAGGUGAAACACGAGGGGGACGAACCGUCAUCGGCUUCCACAACUGGAUUCAGUUAUACUUACAGGAGAAGCUCGGCCACAUUGACUACAAGGGCUACAGCGUGAAAGCCAGUUCCCCUGCACCUGAUGAGAAGAAACACCUUGUAGCUCUGCAGUUCUGCUGGAAGAACGGGAUCAAGCCCAAAGGGAGCAUCUUCAUGGGUGUGAGCCCCGAGUUUGAGUUCGCUCUGUACACCCUGUGCUUCAUCACUUCUCCUAACGAGCGUGUCAGAGUGUCCUUUAGUCUGUACGACAUAGAGAUCGUGUGCCAUCACUACAACCAGAAACACAUAGGAACAACGUACCCCGUCCUCAUCAGAUACCAGGAUGUACAAUAAGCAUGAACGACCUUGAGAGUCAAAGGUCAUGGGUUAUGCUCGUGCUUUUAUAUUUUACUCUUUAAAGCAAAUAAAAGCAAUAAAAACUGCAGGGUUUUAUAAACGUCGUGAUUUAUUAGAAUUAAAAGUGUGUGGAGAAGUACACUAAUUCUCUCUCUCACUCUCUCUCUCUCUCUCUCUCACACUCUCUC